ACUUGUAAUGAGAAUAAAGAUUAAAACACAAUAAAUUUCUUCAAGUAACACGAACAAAAGAUUAUUAUCAACUAUUUUAAUUAAUCAUGAAAUUUGCUACUUGCUUUUUAGUUUCUUACGUUCUUGUCUUUCUCGUUCUUAGCGUCUGUAAAGAAGUGGAAGCCAAAGAACUGUGUAAUAGAAUAGAAGACAUCGAUGGAAAUUGUGACUUUGAAGGAGAGAAGGGGUGCUUGAAAUUCAUGACGAAUAAAUAUAAGAAAGAAAGACAUGUUAGCUGCACAUGUACUAACCUUUACAUGUUACACAAGACCAAACGUUUUUGCGACUGUAAACAUCGCUGCUCAGGAUAAACUCCCCUAACCAACAUUGCUUUUACCUAUUUUUUAGUUUUUACUAAUAGAAUUGUUAUGAGUGUUUGUAGUGUUGUCAUUUUCAUGACCCAUAAAUAAGUUAUGUUAUUCUAAUGUAUCUCUCUUUUUCCACACAAAUUUUUAAUAAAGUUAUGAGUUACUUCUUUCUAA